CUCACUACCGCAGGGAAGAACACUGGAGAGAAUCGGAGCCCCUCUCUCUGCGUGCCGCUCUGUACUUCUCUGUCUCUCUGCGCAAAAUUUGUCCGUUUCCCCCUUUCCUCCUCAGCAUUCAUCAUUCAUCCACCGCUAUCUCAAAAGGGCUGAAAAAAGGGUGAGAUUGAUUGAAUAUUGGUGUAGAUGCUGACUGUUUUUGCAUCCACGUGCAUUGUGGAAGGCGCCGGAGUUUGAAGAGCGGAUGAUGUUUGAGCUUGAUUGUGAGUUGUAAAUUUUUAAUCGUUUUUUUGUGUAGAUUUCGUGGUGGAAACCCUAGUUUAAUUCGGAUAUUUGUUGCUGGUUGUGUUUCUGAGAAACCGUGUGGCUGUUUGUGUUCGCUUUGUUGGAAUGGAUUUGUUGUUUAUGGAAACCCUGGCGAUUAACUCCGAGAGGCACAGUUCUGAAUAUUCAGGAUUUGUUUGUGUCUUUAAUUGAAUGCGAUUGAUUUGUUUUGCUCGUGUGUGUGAAAUCCUUUCCGAUUUAGAGUUUAGAGAAAUCUGAAUGGGUUGUGCGCAAUCGAAAAUUGACAAUGAGGAGUCGGUUUCGAGGUGUAAGGAGAGGAGGAACCUUAUGAAGGAGGCUGUUUCUGUGAGGAAUGCUUUUGCGUCGGCGCACACAGGGUAUGCGAUGGCUCUGAAGGACACCGGUGCCGCCUUGAGUGAUUAUGCUCAAGGUGAGGUUCCUCCGCCUCCGCCGGAGGAGGUGGUGCCCUCAGAUUUGCCAGUUUCAGAGAGGCUCCAGCCGCCUCCUCCUCCUAUGGAAUCCAAUCUCCCUCCACCUCCUCCACCUUUGCCGGCAUUUUCCCCCAUGCCGCCCCUUCGCAGAGCUGAAACAAUGCCUGCACUGUCUCAUUCGGAGAAUGAGAAGAGGAAGAUGAAGGGUAUUGCUGUCGACGAGAGUGAUAUUGAGGAAGAAGAAGAGGAGGUGGAAGAAAAAGGUGGUUUUCAGAGGAGAAAGAAAGAGGAGAAGGAAACGCCAUUACAGCCGACUCUGAAUCAUUCUACUCAACCGGAAAUGAGAGGGAUGGCGUGGGAUUAUUUCUUCAUGGACAGUGGACAUGAGCCGCCGCUGGAUGAGGUUGAGGAAGAAGUGGAGGAUUACCCCGAGGAUAUAAAUGGAAACCUUAAUGAGAAGUUUGACAAUGCGGCGGCAGAUAUGGAGUUUAGGACACCGGAGAAGCAAGUGAAAUUCGAGGGCAUUGAAGAGUUCAAGACACCUGAAGAUACACCGGCAGAUGAAGUAGCUGAGAAGCAGUUUAUGCAUUCUAACACAGCUCCUCCUGCAAUGAGUAGACUCGGACUGGCUGCCCGGAACAUGGAGAGUAAUAAAAACGCUGUGGAUUUGUUGAAACUAUUGAGUCAGAUCGAUGAUCAUUUCCUUAAGGCUUCUCAAAGCACACAUGAGGUUUCAAAGAUGUUGGAGGCCACAAGGUUGCAUUAUCAUUCAAAUUUUGCGGAUAAUCGAGGACAUAUUGAUCACGCCGCAAGGGUCAUGCAAGUUAUAACUUGGAACAAAUCUUUUAGAGGUGCUGCAAAUGCAGAUGGCGCAAAAGACAACCUCGAUUCAGAAGAUUAUGAGACGCACGCCACCAUUUUAGAUAAGUUGUUGGCUUGGGAGAAAAAGCUCUAUGAAGAAGUUAAGGCUGGCGAGCUGAUGAAAAUUGAAUAUCAGCGGAAAGUUGCCUUGCUGAACAAACUGAAAAAACGAAAUGCGAGCACCGAGCAAUUGGAGAAAGCCAAAGCUGCUGUAAGUCAUUUGCAUACGCGGUAUAUAGUAGACAUGCAAUCCUUGGAUUCAACUGUAACAGAAGUGAAUGAUAUACGUGACAAGCAGUUGUAUCCAAAACUCGUGGCUCUAGUUCAAGGGAUGACCAAUAUGUGGGAAUCCAUGUGCGUCCAGCACGAAACCCAACUGAAGAUUGUCACAGAGCUCAGAUCCCUCGAUGUCUCUGGGUUUCUCAUCGAAACGAGCAAGAACCACCACGAGCAUACCAAGCAGCUCGCAGCUGUGGUGGACCGAUGGCACUCCCAAUUCGAGAAACUCGUGACCAAUCAACGACAAUACAUCGCAGGCCUCAACAGCUGGUUGAAGCUAAACCUCAUCCCGAUUGAGAGCAACUGGAAGGAGAAAGUUUCAUCUCCCCCGAGAAACCCAAACCCACCAAUCCAGCCUCUCCUCCGAGCGUGGCACGACCAUCUCGAGAAGCUCCCCGACGAAGUGGCAAAGUCCGCCAUUUCAUCAUUCGCAGCUGUGAUAAAGACCAUCGUCCUUCACCAGGAGGAAGAAAUGAAGCUGAAGGAAAAGUACGAAGAAACAAGGAAAGAGUACAUCCGAAAGAAACAGGCUUUCGAAGACUGGUAUCAGAAAUACAUGCAGCGCCGAACCCCACCAGAUGAAACGAACGCUGACAGAUCUGUCGAUCUUAACACAAAAGAUCCAGUCUCCGAGAGGCAGUUUGUGGUGGAAAGCUUGAAGAAGAGACUUGACAAUGAAAUGGAAGAACACGAGAAGCACUGUAUGCAGGUGAGGGAGAAAUCAGUGGGAAAUCUGAAACUCCGGCUGCCUGAGCUUUUCCGGGCUUUGUCAGAUUACGCCCAGGCUUGCUUCGACGCGUACGAGAGGUUGAGAAUGCUUACGCAACAGCCUCAACAGCAGCCGAAUGCAGGUGCAUAGCGCCAAUCCGAUUUAUUUGCAGGUUCUCUCUAUCUUAUCUCUAACCUUAUUGUUAAUUGCGAUAAAAUUUCUUUGGUGUUUAUUUAUGGGACUAUAGUUUUGGGAUGGAUACCUUCUUCUCCCUUUGUUUUAUGAUUAUCGACAUAUUUGGGGUCGGCGGAUUAGUUUUAAUUAGCACCGUGCUGAUGAAAUACUGUAUUCCAUAUGCUAUUUUCUUUGGUUGCAUAUGCUGAAAAUGAAAUAUAUAAUGCUAUAUGUUCUUUGGUAUA